AUGAUUGUCAGUUCUGCAAACGCAAGGGAGGCCACGGUAGUAUACACGCCUCCCAAAUGCAGCUUUACCCGCAUCCUUUCGCUUGGCCCGGCAGGGAUAACCGACGGCACCCACCGGGCCCAACACUCGUUCCUGAUAUCGGCAAUAGGCGUUAUGUACCAGUACAUCGACAAUAGGCGCCAUGUAUCACUCUUGACGGCACUUGUCCUGAAAUGCAUCUACAACUUGACAUUGCAUCCGUUGGCACGCUUCCCAGGCCCUUUCCUCUGCCGGGCCACGCGUCUAGCGUACUGCCGUCGCCUCGUGAGCGGCCGCCUGCCUUUUGAGAUUCUGGACCUGCACAAAAAGUACGGCGACGUGGUCAGGAUCGCCCCGGACGAGCUCUCCUUCGCGCACCCGACCGCCUGGCUCGAAAUCUACGGCCACAGGCCGCACGGGAGCGAUGGCCCGGAGGAACUGCCCAAAUAUCAGACCUAUUUCCGCAACGCAGGGAUGCCGCCGAGCAUCGUCAACGAGGACAGGGAAAACCAUGCCCUGAUCCGCCGGCUGCUGGCCCCGGGAUUCAGCGAACGGACGAUGCGCGAUCAGGAGCCCAUUAUCGGCGGCUACGUCGAUCUCCUGAUCAAACAGCUCCACGCCAACUGCUCGGUCCCUGAUUCGAACCAAGACCGAGACGCUGCUACUCCUAUUUCUCUCGACUCUGGCGACGGAGCCGCCGGAGCGCGGCUUCUCCGCAACAGACGGCCCAAGGUAUCCAGCGCUGGCCAUGAGAAGGGCGACGGCAGAAAGAUGAUUAUCAUGAGCAACUGGCUGACCUGGACGACGUUUGACAUAAUCGGCGACCUCGUCUUCGGCGAGCCCUUCGGCUGCCUGGCGCGCGGCCGCUACGACCCCUGGGUCUCGCAGAUCAACCACGCCGGGCCGGCCACGGCCUACAUCUGGACGCUCAAGUACCUCGGGCUCGACGUGGUCGUGCUGCCCGUGGCCAUGGCCUGGAUGCGCCGGCAGCGCCUCGCGCGCGAGACCACGGCCAAGCUGCGCCGCCGCAUGGAGCUGGGCGCCGACGGGCGCCCGGACCUCAUCGGCGGCCUCCUCCGCAAGCAGAGCGACUGGAACCUCGAAUACUGGCGCAUCCGCGUCAACGUCGGCACCCUCGUCCUCGCCGGCUCCGAGACGACGGCCACGCUGCUCUGCGGCGUCACCUUCCUGCUUGUCUCGCACCCGCCCGCGCUCGAGAGGCUGGCGGCCGAGGUCCGGUCCGCCUUCUCGUCCCAGGCCGAUAUCACGAUGCUGUCGGUGGCCAGGCUGCCGUACAUGCUCGCCUGCCUCAAUGAGGCCCUCCGGGCAUACCCGCCCGCCGCCGUCGGGCUGCCGCGGGUGGUCCCACCCGGCGGCGCCACCGUCGCGGGAGAGUACCUCCCUGCGGGUGGCUGGAUGGACCAGAAGGCAUACAUCAUGUGGGCGAAAAAGCCCCUGAAUGUGUACCUAACACCGGCUUAUUAUGGCCAACAAAAGGGUGUGUUUGACUUUUGA